AUGCUAUCUGCCAACGACUUUUCUCUAGUGGUGGUGUUUUCACUGCUUUCUAUCGUCGAUUUUGUCGGAAAUUUACUGGUUUGUAUCAUAAUUCUUCAGCGAAAACGGUUCAGAUUUCGUCGUUCGACCCUCGACUUUCUUUUCCUUAACUUGGCUGUGGCAGAUAUGAUGAUGGCAGUGUUUGCAAUUCCAAGAUACGUUCUCAGCCCAUUUUUCGUCCAUCCUCUGAGCUCUGCCGGAGACAUCUUGUGCCGUUUUGUUACCGGUGGAAAUCUCAUGUGGACCGCAGGGGCUGCAUCUGUUUUCACACUUGUCGUCAUUGCCUUUGAACGCCGCCAAGUUGUAGUCCGACCUCAUCUUUACAUCCAAAAGUUGUCUGUGGCGAAAUUGCGAGCUUUGGUUCUAUCAUCUUGGGCCUCUGCUUUGCUGCUCAAUCUUCCGUUAUUUUUCAUCAUGUCUUACGACAGCGAAACUAAUUUCUGCAUAGAAAAUUGGCCAAAGCCUUUGCUUCCAAAACUGUAUGGCGUAGUUUGGUUUUGUGUCGUCGGAGCAUCGCCAAUCAUUUUCAUGGCCGUUGUGUACUCGAAAGUUGUACACCAACUGUGGAUAAAGAAACCUACAUUAUCAAGGUUCGAUAGAAGAGCCAUUCUAAUGUCAAAAAAAGUCUCCAAAAUGGCCAUUACAUUGACAGUUAUUUAUUCAGUAUGUUGGCUGCCGAAUCUAGUUCUUUACAUCCUGGCAUUUAACAUUUCUGACGCUGUGUACGGUUCGCCUUUGUACAGAUGGACAGUGGUGUUGACUUGUUUAAACUCUACAGUGAAUCCCUUCGUGUAUACACUUCAAAGCAGACGUUUUAGACAGUCAAUAAGGCGAGCUCUGACGUGUAAAUGAACUAGAACAGCGAGUUCAAUCAGCUUGGACAGAUUCGCAAACUACGUUCUUGUACCUAAACAGACUUUUCCAACAUUACCGUUUACCGUGAAGAAGGAACGCCCAUACUUUUUUUUUUCCCGGAAACUGAGUCAACCAGUUGUCGUAUUUGAAAGGUAUUGCAUUUUAACUGAAAAAAAUGAGCUCCUCAUUAUUAAAUGGAAUAUUAAGGGUUCGGUGGCAUUCAUCUAACUCUUGUUCAAAUGCUUAUUGCAGUUUAAUCUAUAAAGCAAUCGUCAAGGGUUUUUCGAGGCAUACAGAGAAUCGAUCGAGGAUGAGGUUUAUAAUAUGCUUAAAGCAUAUUAAAGUUUAAGUAAAUUAUCAAGUUCUGAUGAUUCUUUUCCAUAGAACAGCUUACUGAUUGAAUUGUCACUUUUGUUUUGUUUUGUUUUUUAAUCCUUUUCAAGCUAUUUUAAUAAUUCAAAGGACAGUACUACUGAGAUUGCCUCUCUAUAACCUGUCAUAGAUUAUUAUUAUUACCUUUCUGUUCCUUAUCAGCUAAGUUAAACAUGUCAGGAUAACCUCGUUUGAAGUUACUUCACUUUGACAAAUAUAGAAAAAAAAAAAAAA